UCCAUAGGAGGGAUCCAUACCAAUAAAAAUUGUAUUAGUCUGAUGUCAAUGCAUCUGCUGUUAAUACAGCAGCAAUACAUUCAAUAGCUAACACUUUGUUGCUCUUUCAUGCUGACAAUGUGAGUCUGCCUGCAGUAAGGCAACUUUUGGUACUUCAGACUGAGGACAAAGGAAGCAAUGUGAAAAGAAGGCAAAGGAAAGUAAGGAAGUGAACUCUUUGGCUCCAGACAGUUCAUAGUGAACAUAAUAUUGUUGUUUUAUGUAAAAUUACCCUAAAGUAUCAAUGCAUAUUGAGGGGGUUGCUAUAUAAAUACAUUAUGCUACUGAGUUUUUAGUUUGUGUGUGAGAGAGACCAAAGUAUGUUUACAUCUGUAUAAUUUAAUUUUCCAUUAUUUUCUCUAAACUUCCUGUUGGCCUGAGAUUUUUUUUUUUGUUUCCUGCUGCUCGCCUAACCCAGCAACUUCCUUCAUUUCAGUCUUUCUCCCAAGCUCCGUAUUAUCCUCUCUGCAAUAGCUGUGGGGCCUGUUUAGAUACAUCAGGCCCUUAUUUAAGAAAUAUAGAGUUUCAAACACUUAAUUAUUUUUAAAGUUAAAGAUACAGAAUGUGGUAGAGGAUUAAUAAUAUGUAGGAAGCAGCAGUAUUAGAGAAGUACAAAUGUUACAGCCUGUGAUUUUAAUCCGUUCUGAUUCAUAAGGAAUAGAAACAAUCACUACAAUGUCAGGGGUUGUUUGUUUGCAAUGCAAUGGGGGAGGAAGAAAGGUUUGGUAGGGAGAAUCUAUUUGGAGCCUCAUGGUUUGCAGUACCUUUUUUAAUGGAAAAAAAUCCCUAAAGUAUAGAUAUAUACAUUCUCAAAGCAGAUAUACUCAGCGAGCUCAGAAUUAUGAUGAUGGUGAAGAUUUUUGCAUUGAGGUGAAGACAAUGUGGCGACAGAAUAAAGAGAAAUUCAGUGGGAUAUCUGAAGGGGUUUGUAGCUAGUUGGCUUGAACAAAAACAAUCCAUAAAUAAUAAGUUUUGCUUUAAAGGAAAGCCUUCAGCACAUACUCCUAGCACAAAAGUUAUUUUGCUUAAUGAUUGUUAUACAAGUACAGCAGCCUAUCCACUGACCCCUUAUUUUCUAAUGCAAACAUGUAAGUGCUGUACUUACUCAGCAUUGAAUUGCCUUUGUUCAUGAUGAAUAACUCAUAUAACAAAAGAGGUCUAGAACUUUAAGAAUGUUCAAGGCAACAGCAUGGCUUAGUCAUAGAACAUCUCUAUUCUUUUACAAUUGGUUCAACCGCAUUUGGUUUCUUUUAUUCUGUUUCAGAUACUACAUUCGCAGACUCAUGCUUGUCAAGUUACUUUCCAAUAUGUGGGCCUCUGCGAGCCUUCUCCUGGCAGCAUCUCUGCUUGUUGGAAAUAUGGUUGCUGAGCGCUGCCCACGAAUUUGCAUCUGUGAUCGCGUCAAGUACCAAGUCAUGUGUUUGAACAAGAACCUAACUGUGGUGCCAGUUAACAUCCCUCAGGUAACUCAAAGAUUUGACCUUCGCUGUAAUGAAAUCAAAGUCAUCCCUGCCGGAACGUUCCUCCCUAUCCCAUACCUCACCCAUUUGAAUCUUCAGAAAUGCAAGGUGGAAAGAAUUGAGGAAGGAGCCUUCAGAGGAUUAGGACGCAUGGUUUACCUCAAUCUGGCCUACAACAAUAUAGCUUUCAUUUACCAGGAGUCAUUUGAUGGCCUGUCUUCUCUUCGGCAGCUAAUGCUAGAAAAUAAUCAUAUUGAAGAAAUAAUGCCAGGAGCUUUUGGACAGCUGGGCUUCCUCAACUUUCUUAAUUUGGCCAGAAACUCUUUGGUGUAUCUACCAGAUAUGGUCUUCCAGGGACUUCAGUUGACUAAGUGGAUCAAUUUGUCCCAUAAUUCCCUCAAUGUGCUCGCCAAUGAAGCCUUUGGUGGACUACCAAAUCUAAGGAGGUUGAGCUUAGACCAUAAUGAACUGCAGUUCCUUCCCACUGAUGCACUGUCUAGACUGUCAGGUACAAAUAGGCUGGAUUUAGGACACAAUCCCAUUGCCUAUAUCAAUGAGGAGGCCAUUCAGAUGGCUUCCCUGAGACAACUCUUUUUGGACAACAUGGUCCUUCAGGAUGUCUCACACAGAGCUUUCAUCAAGAGCCCCUUGCUGCAUACCCUUGACUUGCACAACAACCAGCUCCUUGUGCUGCAGCCAUUGACAGAAAUGGCCCAUUUGAGAAAGGUCAACUUGACAGGAAACCCGGUGCUUUGCACUUGUUACAUGCGGCCCUUCAAAGAGUGGGCUGCCAAAAAAAGGAUACACGCCGACGUGGUGUGUGCUGGCCCAGUUAGCUCCAGAGGAGAACAUCUGGAAUCUUUAAGGCCAACAGAUAUGAAGUGUAAAGAUCAUGCCUUAGAAGAGAAGUUGCUUCCUAGCAUGGCCACAUUCACCAGGAGCUCUGAGGAGGAUGCUGUAAAGUGUCCAAAGGGAUGUACCUGUUCAUCAGACUACCAGCAUGGAAACUGUGACCGCAGAAAUCUCCAGAGCAUUCCCAAAGGAUUUCCUAGCAACACCCAACUCUUGGACAUGCGCCACAAUGACUUCCGCUCCAUACCCAAAGACUCCUUCCCAGGCUUAAAAAACCUGACAUCUCUUCACCUGCAGAACUGCAAGAUUGAAACCCUGCAACCUGGUGCUUUCCAGGACCUGAAAAGCCUUGUCUAUCUUUACCUCUCUAACAACAGCAUCUCUUCUUUAGAUGCAGCUGUUUUUAAAGGAACUGCUCAGCUUGCUUACCUCUACCUGGAUCACAAUGGAUUCACACACAUGUCCCAGGGUGCUUUUAGGUUCUUGCCCAACCUCUUUGCCCUUCACCUGGAACACAACUCCAUCAGCCAAAUACCAGAUAAUGCUCUGUCUGGGCUGGAAAAGCUACACUGGCUUUAUCUAACGGGAAACCGCAUUGCUCAGGUGUCUCCCAGGGCUCUGAGUCAAGCCAAGAUGUUGGAGAAGCUGCACCUAGAUGAUAAUUCUUUGGAGGAAGUGCCCACCAGGUCCCUCAGGGGACUGCCCACACUUAGUGAACUGAAGCUGUCCAAAAAUCCUAUAAAGUACAUCAAGGACAAUGCCUUUCUUCCUGUGUCAAGAUCAUUGCAACACCUCUACCUGGAUAAUACAGGGCUAGAACAGAUUUCUUCUGGUGCCUUUGCUGGUUUGGGUCCAAAGAUAAGAAGUAUGUACCUGGAAAAGAACAAAAUGCAUACUGUACCUGAUUUCAGUGCCUUUACGGCUCUGGAGGUCAUCAACUUAAGUGACAUACCAUUCCAUUGUGACUGUCAACUUCUUCCACUACGAAAGUGGCUUGACAAGCUGAAUCUGAGAGUAGGAGCCACGUGUGACUCCCCAGCCGCUGUACGUGGCCAAAAGGUGAAGCGCAUAACUGCCUUCCAAAGUUGCCGUGACUGGAGUACCAAGAAGGCCAAGCGGACCAGCUCAACUAAAGCCAAAACUAAGAUUGCGAGGCACUCUAGUAAGAGGCAGCAAGCGGGGAAAAGGCAAAUGAGAGCAAACAAGAAAAGCAAGGCAUGAAAGGAAGCAAACCAAUUCUGCUGAAGGAAACCUGACUGAUCUUCUCGUCUAUUAGAAAAAUAAGUUGAACAGAAAGCGUCAUCUGCUUUCAUGGCUUACAGAUUCGCUCCGCUAGAACAUACACUUCUUCAAAGGAAGAAAAGAGACUUAACAUCAUCCAACAUUUGGUGAGCAUAAGAUGUUGCAGAGUUGGCCAGCAAAGCUAUGUACAAAGAUUAAAACAAAAAUACAUUCAACAGCUUUCAACACAUUAUAUGUGAACUGUUCAAAAUAGAUGAAUAUGCUUGUUUUGUUCUGCUUGCCAAGAAACAAUGGAAAGAGUGACUCUGGAGAUAUAAUAGAAGAAGCCCCUUAUUCUUUUAAUGCUCUCAUUGUACCCAAAAAGGCCUUUUCCCCAAAAGGAUAGAAGUUGGCUUUUACUUAAAACAAAUGCUUUGAUCUUCAGAACUGCUAAAUGUUAUAACAAUCAUUAAAUUAUCUGUUUUUUUCUGCAUCUCUA